AUUGACAUGGUGGAACCUUGACUGUGGCGGACCAACAUGGCCGCACUCGGGCGGGGGGCAGCCUUCUUACGAUUUCUCCGGAGCAACACACAGGUACUGUGCAGGUGCGGUAAACCAGCAGGAUGCACCUUGGCAAGAUGGAGAAGCAUGGCUACGUCUGUGGCUGUGGGUGGCAGCCUGUGCGCCGUUCCUUUCACUCAGGCUCCGAGUUUGUCUCAUGAGUCGUUGAUAAGACGAGCAGCCUCACUGGUGACUGACAGUUCCAACACGUUCCUGUCUCAGACCACUUUAGCGCUCAUAGAUGCAAUUACUGAGUAUUCAAAGGCUGUUCACACGCUAGUAGCGCUCCAAAAGCGCUACCUAGCAUCACUGGGGAAACUGAGCCAAGCAGAGGAGGAUUCCAUCUGGCAGGUGAUGGUUGGCCAGAGAGCGGAGAUCAGCGACAGGCAAGAGGAGUGUAAGCGAUUUGAGGCAGUGUGGAUCAACGCCAUCCGUUUGUGUGAAACAGCGGCUGAGGCGGCGUAUACUUCAGGGGCAGAGCACGCAUCCAUCACCAUGCAGACCAACAUUCAGCUUGCCCGGUCCCAGGCAGAGGAGGCACGAAAAUUCUCCAGGGACGCAGACAAGAAGCUGGUAGAGGCCAAAGCCCUGGAGGUCCAAGCAUCAGCCCAGCGGGCCGCCGCUCUAGAGAAAAGCGAUGAAGAUGUGCCUGAAGCUUACCUCAGAGAAGACUGAGAUAAGCUAAGAACAAACACAGAAGUGAGAAACUAGUACAUGUUGGCGCAAAACUGGAUUGCCUCGGUGGAAUUCUUGUGAAUUUGACAGUUCUUACUCUGAACACAUUGUGGAGAAUGUUUUUUUUGUUUUUUUUUUUCGUGUCUGACCGAAGUGGAGGUCUUUGCACUGUUUGUGGAUUUCAGAAUGUCCCUGUAAUGUCGAACUUGCUCUGCCAACAUUAAAAAAAGAGCAUGGAAUUUGAAACGGGAAGUUUUUAGACUAAAAUAGUCUGAAAGAUUUACUCUUUAGGACCCCUACAACACAUUGAACAUACAAUCAUGUAAAAAAAAUAAGGACACCCGAUGGAAGCCUGUGUGUUUUCUAACAUACUUGGCCAUAUGGAUAUUGAGUAUCAAUUUUAACACUCUUGAAAGAUUCAAUUAAUAGAAAUAAAAAUCAAUGAAAAAAAUAUUUUUUAUAACUUUUUGUAAAAUGUCAUUUUUAAAUACAUGCAAUUUCUGUUGAGGAAUAAAUUAGGACACCCCCAUAUUCAAUCCCACCUAAAAUGGCUAAAAUUACACACAGGUGUAACACAUCAGGUGCACAUGAUCAGAACAUCAUUACUAGAGCUGGGAAUCUUUGGGCACCUAAUGAUUCGAUUACGAUUACGAUUCAGAGGCUCAGAUUCGAUUAUAAAACGAUUAUUGAUGCACCCCCUCCUUUUUUUUAUUUAUUUUUUUGUACAUUAGUUCCAAAAUUGUUCAAAAAUACUCUCAGGCUAAACCAAACUACUAUUUCAGUAUCAAGUUAACAUAUAGCAGUAAACAAAUAUACAAAAAUAACAUUAACCCUUUAACACCUAAGCCUAUUUUGGCCGAAUUUGCAUGCAUUUGAUGUUGCCUUUAUAUUUCAAAGAAAAAAUUGUUCACGAUGGCCAAGUUGGGUCCCUUUUUUAAGGACACCUUGAACUUCAUGUCCAAACUGUUGUUUUCUUCACUGACCAAUUACAAUCCACAUUUUGGACCCAAAAAGACAAAAAAAUCCCAAAAUAGUUUUUCAAAAUUUGUAAUGUUGAUGUCCCAUUGACAACCAAACAUGCUCGACCAAACGUUUUGAAGCUUGAUAAUAUUUAUUCUACUUGUUAGGAUAAACAUUCAAUAGAAAAAAAUAAGAUUGAAUAGUUUUAUGUUUGACAAUUCAACACAAACAGCAAGUAUGGUCAUGGGCGUUUUUGGCCUUUACACAUACUAUGGUCAAAACGGGUUAUAUACAGUGCAAAAUAGUGAGAAAAAAAAUAAUAUAUAUCAUCUAACACAAAAAGGGUUUGGAGGAUAUCUCUUUGUGAAGUUAGGUAUUAUCCCCAUCACCUGAUCUAAAGUAUAUAGUAAAUGCAACCAAGCUUCUCGAACACUCAUCUUUAAAAAAUUUGAAAAGAUUAUAGUGAAGAAAAAAUAUAUAUAACAUUGAAAAAAAGUAUUUUCAAAAAUAUUGACUAGUAGUUCAGUUCAAUUCUAAUUUUUCUGGUAUACGACCCAAUAAAGUUUUUUUUUUUUUUUUUUUUUGCGAACUGAAUAAAGCUUCUGCAUGAACAGGUCACGGAGCUGCGUCACACACAACGUCACACAGCCUACUCUUUCGCCGUUUGCGCGCUGCUGUAAGCCUGUCACUUCUACUCGCCGAGACGCCGACUCAUCCCAGGAAAACAACGACAAAUACGGCUCAUCUUCGUCCUUGAGUUAAUGAAAUAAUACAUUAGCUUGCGCUAAAUUUAGUUUUAGAUUCAUUCUGCACGUUACAAAGUCGCUCGCUCACACUGGCCGUUGCUUGCUUCAGCAUGCCUCCUUUUCCUUAGUUGGCGCCUCGCUCGGAAAUUUAUUAAAAAUGUCCACAUUCGGUUUGCCCUUCUUGACAUCACAACGGCUCUUGGGAUGUAUGUAGUCUUUUGUGCUGCUUUGGGUUUUGAAAAAGGACAAGAAAUGAUGGAAAUAUGGAGAUAGAUACACGGUCCAUGCAGCCUUUUAAUGCAUAUUUAUGAGUGCAAUAAAACUAUAAAACUCAAAUGACAUUAUCUCCCGUUUUUCUUGGUCGAUUGACUUCAAAUAAAAACUGGUGUGGACAUCAACUUCCGUACUUUCAAAUGAGACCAACCAGAGGCACGUGGGUGACGUAAUUACAGCGUGACGAAGCUUCAAAGACGUUAUGCGUAAACGCGUCGCUGCCGACACGUUCGGUGUUAAAGGGUUAAAUAAAAAAACUCCAGUCCCCAUUCUGUAUCAGCAGCUUUAAACUACAUUCAAUUAAUUUAAUGUUGGGAAUCAACCGUUAAAGUUGUUAAAAUUGCUCCCGUUAUUCCAUA